CUAUUAUUGCCUGCCUCCAUCAUGUUUGGAAAGAGCUUCCCGUUCUAUAAUUCUGUCGCCGGGUUUUAUCCACGUGGUAAUUGCUGUCCCUAUGAUCUUCUGACCUCAUGUUGCUGGGCUACAAUGCCGCUGGCGCUAUGUCCUGAAAUCAUGCCUGCCUUCUGUGCAUUUCCAUGUUGAUGUUUUUUUUUGAGGGGGAGACCCUGACCCUUGACAUCCGAUUGGCUGAUGGACUCUCACCGUGAGGAGUAUCGAGUAUAUGGGUGCUAACAUGAUUCUUACAUAUCAAGAGAGCACGGAUUCGCGAAGGCCGCCGGGGACCGGUUACACGAGUAAAGUACGAGUGCGUGAUAGAUACCACAUUGUGGGGUUCAUUAGCAGCGGUACUUACGGGCGAGUGUACAAAGCGAUCGGCAAAAAUGGCCAGAAGGGGGAGUUUGCCAUCAAGAAAUUCAAGCCGGACAAGGAGGGAGAGAUAGUGCAGUAUACGGGUCUCUCGCAGUCGGCCAUCCGGGAGAUGGCGUUGUGUUCCGAGCUGGAUCAUCCGAACGUGGUGCAAUUAGCAGAGAUCAUCCUGGAAGAUAAGUGCAUCUUCAUGGUGUUCGAGUACACGGAGCACGACCUGCUCCAGAUCAUCCACCACCACACACAGCCGCAACGACAUGCGAUCCCGGCUGCCAUGGUGCGGUCCAUUCUAUUCCAGUUGCUGAACGGCCUGCUGUAUCUCCAUACAAACUGGGUGCUGCACCGCGACCUCAAACCCGCGAAUAUCCUGGUAACAUCCAGCGGCGCCAUCCGCAUCGGCGAUCUCGGUCUGGCGCGUCUGUUCUACAAACCCCUCAACUCGCUCUUCUCAGGCGACAAAGUCGUCGUGACAAUCUGGUAUCGCGCUCCGGAGCUCCUAAUGGGAAGCCGACACUACACGCCAGCAGUGGACCUCUGGGCAGUGGGAUGCAUCUUCGCGGAGCUCCUCUCGCUACGCCCGAUCUUCAAGGGCGAAGAAGCCAAAAUGGACAGUAAGAAGACGGUGCCGUUCCAACGCAACCAGAUGAUGAAGAUCAUGGAGAUCAUGGGCCACCCGACGAAGGAGACCUGGCCUGGGAUCGUCUCCAUGCCGGAAUUCGCGCAGCUGCAGUCGCUGACCAUGUCGCGGGCGCCCAGCCACUUCAGCCGCACCUCCAACCUGGAGGGCUGGUACCAGAGCUGUCUGAAGAACAACGGAUACUCCUCCAACUCGAGUGCGGGCACGCCGGGAUCGGACGGAUACGAUCUGCUGGCCCGGCUGCUCGAGUACGACCCCACCAAGAGGAUCACGGCGCAGGAGGCGCUCGAACACCCGUAUUUCCGCAACGGCGGCGCCAUCUCCGCCAAUUGCUUCGAGGGCUUCGAGGGCAAGUACCCCCACCGCCGUGUCACGCAGGAUGACAACGAUAUUCGGUCUGGAAGUCUGCCCGGUACCAAGCGGAGUGGAUUGCCCGAUGAUACUUUGAUGGGGAGAGCGGUGAAACGCUUAAAAGGGUGAAUGCUGGUUUUAUCCUUCCGGGAGCAUGUGGUUGUAUCUUCAUUUAGGUGUGACAGUUUAUAAAGACAUGGUUUGUGCAUAUGGGAACGGCGUUUUCAGCAUCGGCUUCGGGGUUCUGUGCAUUACACUGGGAGACGCUUUCAUAUCAGCCCAUCAGAGUCUACAAAUUGAAUCAGCGUGGAUGGGUUGUGAAGCAGUCUUCUGGAUCAAGCUAAAAAAUAGCACCUUGCA